GCGUUUCCUCUGAAGUCUGAAUUAUUACAGGCUUACAGCCUCUCUGUUGCUCGUCGGAGAGGCAAAAUGGCAUCAGGAUUUUCCGGCGGAGGUCCCGAUUUUUACAGCGCAAGCAGAUCCAUCAACAGAAAUGUUUCUCAGUCUCCUUACCGAUCCCAGCUCUCUCAAAUCUUCCUCGACCCUGCGUUGCAGAUGGCUCAACAGAGAACCGCCACGCAAAGCCUGACCGGAAAGCGAACGCUGACCGAAUUCCAAUCGCAUCAGACAUACCAAACACCACAGCAAUUGAAUGGACUAUUUCUUCGUUCUGUGAAGCCUCGGAUGUACCAGAAUGCAUCUCCGAUGUCCACUCUGCCUUCAAUUGAAUUGCCUGCUAGCAUGUCUUCUGCUUUGUCGCAGCACCAACAGCACACCGUACAGCACUGCGGUGUGCAGCCUCUACAGCAGCUGAGGUCGCACCACCUUUCGCCGAUGAACGCAGGACCUAUGUUACAGUCCGGUGGCACAACCUUGCCCGGUGUACCGUGCCUGAACGGGUUUCAGAAGGGAAUAUCUGGUAUGGAUAAUCAAGAAUCGGCCAAGAUGUUGAAUCGGCUGCAGGAGUUGGAGAAGCACCUUCUUGACGACAACGAUUACGACGAGGGAGAUGCGGUCUCUGUUAUUACGAAUACUAAUAGCGAGUGGUCAGAGACCAUACGGAGCCUGUCCAGUUCGUCAAGUCCAACGGCGAUUUCUCCUUCUCCAACAACCUCGUCCACUUCUUUGUGUUCUUUGUCUUCAUCAGCGGCCACCCCUGUCUCGAAUUGUUUCAAGGAGACUGUAAUCGAGGCUGCCACCGCCAUUUACGACGGGAAAGCGGAGGCGGCCACCGAGAUCUUGACACGCUUGUCGCAGUAUGCGAACACGAAGGGCAAUUAUGAGCAGCGAGUGACGGAAUACAUGCUGUUGGCGCUGAAAUCACGCGCGAACUCUUUAGAGACCAUGCCUCCUGUCGCGGAGCUGUAUGGUGAGGAUCACAUUAGUUCGAUUCAGCUGCUUUACGAUAUAUCUCCCUGUUUCAAGCACGGUUUCAUGGCUGCGAAUCACGCUAUUCUCAACGCCACACUAGACGAGCCAAACACAGAUAAGUUCCAUGUUGUUGAUUUCGAUAUUGGCCAGGGAGGCCAGUACGUGCAUCUCCUACAUGCGAUCUCCUCACGUCGGAGUGGUAAUCAUCCUGUUACUUUCAAGAUCACCGCUGUUUCAGAUAAUGGUAGCGAAGAAAGGCUGAGGCUGGUCGGAGAUAUGUUGAGCCAGCACGCUGACCAGGUUGGGGUUUCUUUGCAUUUCAAUGUGGUCGUGAGUAAGAAAAUCAGUAAUUUGAGUCGUGAAUUUCUGGGUUGCGAACCGGAAGAGCCGCUGGUAGUGAAUUUCGCGUUCAAUCUGUAUCGGAUGCCCGACGAGAGUGUCUCGACUGAGAAUCCACGGGACGAGCUUCUCCGGCGCGUGAAAGGAUUGGCACCGCGCGUCGUCACCCUGGUGGAACAAGAAAUGAAUACGAAUACGGCGCCGUUCGUGGCGCGUGUGGGAGAGUUGUGGUCGUACUAUGGAGCGCUAUUUGACUCGAUUGAGACCACUGAGGCUAGGGAAAGUACAGAACGAGUCAAAGUAGAGGAGGGACUGGGUCGGAAACUCGGCAACUCGGUUGCGUGCGAGGGUAGGGACCGGUUGGAGAGAUGCGAGGUGUUUGGGAAGUGGCGGGCCCGGAUGGGUAUGGCUGGCUUCAAUUUGAAACCAGUGGGUCCGAAUGUGGUCGAGUCGAUGCUUGCCAGGCUCAGUUCAGGAAACCGAGUCAACCCGGGCUUCACCGUUAAAGAAGAGAACGGAGGUGUUCGCUUUGGCUGGAGGGAUCGAACUCUAACCGUCGCAUCUUCCUGGAGUUAAUUUCAGCCUAACUAUUGUUAUGAAUUAUCAAUUACUAAUUGUUAUAGUAUUUUUAGAAAUUUUCCCGAGAAAAUGUCAUAUGUGAAUGGAAAAUGAAGAAUAGCAAUCCCCCUCCAAAAAUAAUAAAAUUUGAGUUUGGAUUUGAUUACAAA